UCUAGAAAAACAACAGAAAAGUCUGAACAGUGGAAACACACAAGAGAGGAGAUCAACUCUGUUGAGGACAUUCUAAGUCACCUGCAGGAUUCCAAACUGCUCUUCAACCCCAAAUGCAGUCAUUGACCCCAAACGCUCAACUGAUAUCCCCCUGAGAUGCUCUGAAAAGAGGAAGAGGCAGACUGUGUGAAAAAUACCAACUCUGAGGUUUCCUGGAAGCAAAAACAUACUCAAUCUAACGAUGGUUGAAGAAACAACAGUAGUGCACAGUAACUCUACAGGAAGACUGAACCAGCCCUUCCACUGCCUGGCCUCUCAGGAUCUGGUGGCCAACAUACUGCCUCCUGUCCUGAUUAUAGAGCUCCUAGUGGGCUUGCCAGGCAACGUAAUAGCCCUGUGGAUCUUCACCUGCCGUCUGAAGACUUGGAGGGCCAACACCCUGUUCCUCUUUAACUUGGUCCUGGCUGACUUCCUACUGCUCAUCUGCCUGCCAUUCCGCAUUGACAACCUGUUCCGUGGGGAACACUGGGUGUUUGGCGAAGCCUGGUGCCGGAUCAACCUCUUCAUGCUCGCUGUCAACCGCUCGGCCAGCAUCGCCUUCAUGACUACCGUGGCCUUCGACCGCUACUUCAAGGUGGUCCACCCACACCACCUAGUCAACCACAUGACAUCUACCCAGGCAGGAUGGGUGGCGGGGGGCAUCUGGGCGGUGGUGAUCUCCCUGCGGCUCCCCCUGCUGACCACUGACCUCCUCAAGCAGAAUGGCAACAUGUCCCUGUGUCGCAGCUUCAGCUCCUACACUGUUACUCCCCUGGCAAUCAAGAUACACAACAUGGUGUUCGUCGGAGAGUUCUUCCUGCCCCUGCUGCUCUUGCUCUUCUGCUCAGCCAGGAUUGCCUGCAUCUUGCGCGAACGGCAACUGGACAAGGAGCAGAAGGUGCGGCGGGCCAUCCGGGUGGUUGGGCUGAUCGUGGCUGUGUUUGUGCUGUGUUUCCUUCCCGGCAUCGCCACAGGCCUGAGUACGGUCUAUAUCAAGCAGGUCAGACCCAGGGACUGUGUGUCUUACAACAUGGCUGCGCAGCUCUUCAGCCUGUCCAUUGGAUUUACCUACCUUAACAGUGCCUUGGACCCAGUCAUCUACUGUUUUUCCAGUUCCAUGUUCCGAAACUCCCUCAAGAGCUCCAUCAAUAAGCUGGGCCUGGUGGAGAUGAGGCUGAGUCGACGGGGAAGCAUGGCCAGCGAUGGAUGAAGAGCGAAGCACCCACCUUCUAGAAGGCCCUAUAAAAAGGAGAACAGGAGCAGAUUUCAUGGCUGUGAAUCGAAUGGAGACUAGACAUUGAAAUUUUACAGCUACAAUUAACAAGCCAUAUUAUUUUAAUAUUUUUAUUUUACCUUCAUUUAACUAGGCAAGUCAGUUAAGAACAAAUUCUUAUUUUCAAUGACGUUCUAGGAAGAGUGGGUUAACAGCCUUUUUCAGGGGCAGAACGACACAUUUUUACCUUGUCAGCUCGGGUAUUCGCUCCGAUUCUGUAGCUAUGUGGGAUACAUACUUGAAAGGACUGAGUAUGUGUGUAUGUGUGUAUAUGUACAGUGGGGAGAACAAGUUUUUGUUACACUGCCGAUUUUGCAGGUUUUCCUACUUACAAAGCAUGUAGAGGUCUGUAAUUUUUAUCAUAGGUGCACUUCAACUGUGAGAGACGGAAUCUAAAACAAAAAUCCAGAAAAUCACAUUGUAUGAUUUUUAAGUAAUUAAUUUGCAUUUUAUUGCAUGACAGAAGUAUUUGAUCACCUACCAACCAGUAAGAAUUCCGGCUCUCACAGACCUGUUAGUUUUUCUUUAAAACUUCUACUUGGUCACAAUCCCGGAUCCGGGAGCACCCUCAUCAGUAAAAAAGAUGACUAGCAUAGCCUAGCAUAGCGCCACAAGUAGCAUCUAAAUAUCAUGAAAUCACAAGUCCAAGACACCAGAUGAAAGAUACACAUCUUGUGAAUCCAGCCAUCAUUUCCGAUUUUUAAAAUGUUUUACAGCGAAAACACAAUAUGUAUUUCUGUUAGCUAACCACGAUAGCAAAAGACUCAACCGCAUAUUUUCAAAAAAAAAUUAGCGCAUAGGUAGCUAUCACAAAUUCGACCAAAUAAAGAUAUAAAUAGUCACUAACCAAGAAACAACUUCAUCAGAUGACAGUCUUAUAACAGAUUUAUUGUAUAGCAUAUGUUUUGUUUGAAAAUUGUGCAUAUUUCAGGUAUAAAUCAUAGUUUUACAUUGCAGCCACCAUCACAAAUCUCACCAAAGCAGCUAGAAUAACUACAGAGACCAACAUGAAAUACCUAAAUACUCAUCAUAAAACAUUUAUGAAAAAUACAUGGUGUACAGCAAAUGAAAGACAAACAUCUUGUGAAUCCAGCCAAUAUUUCCGAUUUUUUAAGUGUUUUACAGCGAAAACACAAUAUAGCAUUAGCUUACUACAAUAGCCUACCACACACCCGCAUUCAUUCAUUGCAACGUUAGCAAUAGCGAAUAAACCAGCAAAAGAUAUACAUUUUUUCACUAACCUUCACAAACUUCAUCAGAUGACAGUCCUAUAACAUCAUAUUACACAAUACAUAUAUGGUUUGUUUGAAAAUGUGCAUAUUUAGCGGCACAAAUCGUGGUUUUACAAUGUGAAUACGUAGUCAAAUUGCAGAAAUAUUGUCCUACCAACCUACCAACCAGUAAGAAUUCCGGCUCUCACAGACCUGUUAGUUUUUCUUUAAAACUUCUACUUGGUCACAAUCCCGGAUCCGGGAGCACCCUCAUCAGUAAAAAAGAUGACUAGCAUAGCCUAGCAUAGCGCCACAAGUAACAUCUAAAUAUCAUGAAAUCACAAGUCCAAGACACCAGAUGAAAGAUACACAUCUUGUGAAUCCAGCCAUCAUUUCCGAUUUUUAAAAUGUUUUACAGCGAAAACACAAUAUGUAUUUCUGUUAGCUAACCACGAUAGCAAAAGACUCAACCGCAUAUUUUCAAAAAAAAAUUAACGCAUAGGUAGCUAUCUCAAAUUCGACCAAAUAAAGAUAUAAAUAGUCACUAACCAAGAAACAACUUCAUCAGAUGACAGUCUUAUAACAGAUUUAUUGUAUAGCAUAUGUUUUGUUUGAAAAUUGUGCAUAUUUCAGGUAUAAAUCAUAGUUUUACAUUGCAGCCACCAUCACAAAUCUCACCAAAGCAGCUAGAAUAACUACAGAGACCAACAUGAAAUACCUAAAUACUCAUCAUAAAACAUUUAUGAAAAAUACAUGGUGUACAGCAAAUGAAAGACAAACAUCUUGUGAAUCCAGCCAAUAUUUCCGAUUUUUUAAGUGUUUUACAGCGAAAACACAAUAUAGCAUUAGCUUACUACAAUAGCCUACCACACACCCGCAUUCAUUCAUUGCAACGUUAGCAAUAGCGAAUAAACCAGCAAAAGAUAUACAUUUUUUCACUAACCUUCACAAACUUCAUCAGAUGACAGUCCUAUAACAUCAUUUUACACAAUACAUAUAUGGUUUGUUUGAAAAUGUGCAUAUUUAGCGGCACAAAUCGUGGUUUUACAAUGUGAAUACGUAGUCAAAUUGCAGAAAUAUUGUCCGGAGAAAUCUUGGAGAGGCACGUAAUCUAAUCAAAUAACUAAUCAUAAACUUUACUAAAAAAUACAUGUUGGACAGCAAAUGAAAGAUACACAAGUUCUUCAUGCAACCGCUGUGUUAGAUUUUUUAAAAUAACUUUGGUACGACAUACAACUUACGUUAUAGCGAGACAGCGCCCAAAAUCAGGGCGGAAUAUACGUCUAAACAUUUUCGACAGAAAUACGAAAUAACAUCAUAAAUGGUUCCUACUAUUUGAUGAGCUUCCAUCAGAAUCUUGUACAAGGUGUCCUUUGUCCAGAAUAAUCGUUGUUCGGUUGUAGAAUGUUGUCUUCAUCUGUAGAAAUAGCUAACAAAGCUAGCCAUGUGGCACAGGAGUGUCCAACUCACCAUGACGCAAAACAAAGAAAAUACCGAAAAUCGCAAUAAAUUGAUAUAAACUGAUAUAAGUCGGUUUAAAAUAACUAGUUUAUGAUAUUUUUAACACAUAUAUCAAAUAAAAUCAGAGCCGGAGAUAUCUAACGUCUAUAACGAAAGCUUUUCAGAGCGCAAUCCAGAGGUCCUUCUCGCGCCAAGCUGAACGGUGAAAAGACUGGUCUCGUCAUUCCAUGAGGUCUUAUUCGGCCUCAGAUAAAGCUAUACACCCCAUUCCACCUCUCACUGUCUAUUGACAUCUAGUGGAAGGCGUAUGCAGUGCAUGUAGACCCAUAGAUUUCAUGCAAAUUAAUAGGAUGGCCCUGGAACAGAGCCCCCAAUUUCAGAUUUUUUAGUUCCUGACAGGAAGUUUGCUGCAAAAUGAGUUCUGUUUUACUCACAGAUAUACUUCAAACGGUUUUAGAAACUAGAGAGUGUUUUCUUUCCAAUAGUAAUAAUAAUAUGCAUAUUGUACGAGCAAGAAUUGAGUACGAGGCAGUUUAAUUUGGGAACGAUUUUUACAAAGUGAAAACAGCGCCCCCCUAUUGAGAAAAGGUUUUAAGAAGCCCUCCUGUUCUCCACUCAUUACCUGUAUUAACUGCACCUGUUUGAACUCGUUACCUGUAUAAAAGACACCUGUCCACACACUCAAUCAAACAGACUCCAACCUCUCCAUAAUGGCCAAGACCAGAGAGCUGUGUAAGGACAUCAGGGAUAAAAUUGUAGACCUGCACAAGGCUGGGAUGGGCUACAGGACAAUAGGCAAGCAGCUUGGUGAGAAGGCAACAACUGUUGGCGCAAUUAUUAGAAAAUGGAAGAACUGUAUGUGAAACAAAGACAGGAAAAAGAAAGCCUUCAUUCUACUGAAUGGUUAUUUUUUAUAACUGAAUGAUGUAGAGUGCCAUUAUGUUUUUGUCUUGAUUUGGUAAUGUCUAUCAAAUACACCAUUUUUACCAGAUGCAGUGUUUAGGGAUGUUUCACAAUGUACAGAACGGGGACCAGAAGGAGAAUGGGGAAGGGACAUGCUUUCUAUUUCAGUCAGGGUUAGUAUUUUCUAAAUCAAGUCCAGGGGAGGGUCAUGCAAUUUGUAAUUGAUUACAUUUGAAUAUUUAUCAGUGUUUUAGAAUUAGUUGCUUAUUAUGCUAUACAAUACCUUCAGAAAGUAUUCCCACCACUUGACUUUUUCCAAAUUGUGUUGUGUUAAAGCAAUUUAUUUUAAAUUAUGUAACUGGGAUUGUUUUUUACAUUUUUACAAAUUAAUAAAAAACGCAAAUCUGAAAUGUCUUGAGUCAAUAUGUCACGGCCGAUGCUGGAAGAAGACCAAAGCGCAGCGUGGUUAGCGUACUUUUU